ACCAUUCUCUCAGGACAACAUAUUUUGGUCCGAUGAUUAAUGAAACACUGUGAGGUAGAAGGAAAGAAGCACCCUGUGAGGAAGAAGGAACGCAGCAGACUCAGCAGCAGCAAAUAGAUCAUGAUGCGAUACAAAGAGGAAAAAGAGGCAAAGAAGGAAGCUUUCAGGAAGUAUCUUGAAUCUAGUGGAGUUCUUGAUUCUCUCACCAAAGUUCUGGUUGCAUUGUAUGAGCAAAAUGAGAAACCUUCCUCUGCCCUUGAAUUUAUUCAACAAAAACUAGGCGGCCCAAGUUUGUCCGAGUAUGAAAAGCUGCAAGCUGAAAUGUCUGAUUUGCAAAUAAAGUAUAAUGAUCUUUUGUCAGCACACCAGGAAACUUGCAAAGAGUUGGAGGAACUUAAGAACUUGCAUAGUUUCACGUCUACUGAAGAAAUGACCAAUGGGGAGGCACCAAAAGACGUAACUCAGAACUGAAUGUACAGAGGAGAACAUGUGCAAGUGCCGUGCUUUACAAAAGCCUUCAUUCAGAUAGAAAUAUUGAGGAAUUAAGUGGAACCAUUGUUCCCAAAGAUCAAGUGUUGUAUCUAUGUGACGCAGUCUUCAGCAGGACUCUUUGCUAUGUAUAAUUGUAUCACUGUGCCUAUGUUUGUCCAUAUAACUACAAGGGUUUGCCUGCAAAUUUAAUUUAUCUUCUUAUUCUUUUCUACCAUUUUAAGAACUUCCCUUUGAAUUUUCAUUGUAAGCAUGGGCUUUGUUUGGAUGUAUGAAUUAUGCACAUUUCUUGAA